GUGGAGCCACCGCCCCCACCGCUCGGUGAUUGACGCGCACCCAUGGCUCCUCCUCAAAACUUUUUUUUCCCCUUGGUUUUCCAGAGUAGUGCGUUGAUUUCAUACCAAAGUCAUACUUAACAUUCCACUUAUACUGUCAAACCGGGAGAAAUAUUACUGAAAUCGUUCCAGGCGCCCAAAAUCAGCAUUGAUAUUGUUUUUUCUGGUGUUGACAUAAAUAGACGCCACUGAAUAAAGUUGAUGAGAAGUGGAUGCCUGGAUCUGAGAGUUGUGCGACAGAGGAAUCGAAAAGGCACAGAUCUCCUAGGGACACUGAGAGAGAUCACUGGGAGGAAUAGGACCGACAACCUGACCGCUGGACUGAGCGACUGCAUCCUAAGAUAAGCACCGCUGACAGCUGGGCUCCCUGCCGGCCCAGGGGGCGUCGCCACCAUUGCGUCCAACGACUGGAGCGCCAACGGCAGCCCGGAGGAUGGGCUGGACGCGGACAACGAGGAGCUGGACAAGGCCAUGGACGGGGACGCCGAGGGCGUCUGGAGCCCCGACAUCGAGCAGAGCUUCCAGGAGGCGCUCGCCAUCUACCCGCCCUGCGGCCGCCGCAAGAUCAUCCUGUCGGACGAGGGCAAGAUGUACGGCAAUGAAUUUGGAUCAAGCCUCUAAGGACAAGGCCCUGCAGAACAUGGCCGCCCUGUCGUCGGCCCAGAUCGUCUCCCCGAACCUCAUCAAGAGCCACCUGCCCCCGCUGCCCCCAGCACCCUACCCCAACCCAGCCAGGUUCUGGCCUUCAUCAAUCCCAGGGCAGCCUGGACCUUCUCAGGAUCUGGUUCUAGAUCUCAACCACGGGAGGCAUCUGGGCCUUGGUCGCAACAGCCACGCUAUCAAACCUUUUCCACAGUCUCCCUACUCCAACCCGGGCCCUUUACCCCCACCCAUAUCAAACUACGAGCCCCUCGCCCCCCCGCCGCCCCCUGCGGCCACGGCCGUGCCCGUGUGGCAGGACCGCACCAUCGCCUCCUCCAAGCUGCGCAUGCUGGAGUACUCGGCCUUCAUGGAGGUCCAGAGGGACCCCGACAACUACAGCAAACACCUGUUUGUUCACAUCGGCCAGACCAACCCGUCGUACAGCGACCCCCUACUGGAGGCAGUGGACAUCCGGCAGAUCUACGACAAGUUCCCUGAGAAGAAGGGCGGCCUGAAGGAGCUGUACGAGAAGGGCCCGCAGAACGCCUUCUUCCUCGUCAAGUUCUGGGCGGACCUGAACAGCAGUGGCAUGCAGGACGGGCCCGGGUCGUUCUACGGCGUCAGCAGUCAGUACGGCAGCGCUGAGAACAUGACCAUCACCGUGUCGACCAAGGUCUGCUCCUUCGGCAAGCAGGUGGUGGAGAAAGUCGAGACGGAGUACGCGCGUAUGGAAGGGGGGAAGUGUGUGUACAGGAUCCAUCGCUCGCCCAUGUGCGAGUAUAUGAUCAACUUCAUCCACAAGCUCAAGCACCUGCCGGAGAAGUACAUGAUGAACAGCGUACUGGAGAACUUCACUAUUCUACAGGUGGUGACGAACCGGGACACUCAGGAGACGUUGCUGUGCAUAGCGUUUGUGUUUGAGGUGUCCACCAGUGAACACGGAGCCCAGUACCACGUCUACAGACUAGUCAAAGACUAACCCCCCCCCUCUUGUGAAGAGACCCCCAAAGUGUGACACAAACUCCCCCUACGACGUCUCAGCCACCCAGGAAACACCCAGACUCUCUUGUGUCGGACCUACAUCCAAACGUUUUUUUCCUCUUCUUCUACCAAAAAAAAAACUCCAACAAGAAAAUGUGGCGAUGGGUGCGGAGAAGGCAUUCUCAGCCAGGAGCAGCAUCAGCAAAAAAAUAUAUUUUAAAGAAUUUAGUUUUUAACGGUCAGCUAUAUUUUUUUUUAGUUUUGAGACGCAAACAGAUGAAGUACCUUAUCAACUAUGCAACGACAGCAGAUGGACACCAAAAUGUUUUUUAAUCGAGGGAAUGAGGAAGUGUAGGGGUUUGCAAUGAUUCUUAUAGCAAUCAAGGGAAAACGCUAAGCAAUAAGAGUACGAAUGACGACGUCACAGAGCAAAGAGCAAAGCACCACAGAAGAAGAAACGUGUUUUUGUUGUUGUUGUCGUUGUGGUUGUUGGCGAUCCUACCAACAAUCAAAGACAGGACAAUAAGUGCCUUUUUUUCUCCAAAGAUUACAUCCUGACUCGCCACUUUGGAGCAUUUUUUAAUACUACCUCUUGUUUUUUUUGUAAGUAAACAGAAACAAGCCAGAUACAAGUAUAUUCUGUCAUUGAAAAAGAGGAUCCAUCGCCGUGCGUCGUUCUCAUAGACCCGCCACAGAGCUGUCGAGACCCCGGUCUCUCCCGGGCUCACACGGGGAAGAAAUGGAGUAUUUGUAUUUUUAUUUUUCCUUUGUGUGAGUUGUUUUACAAAAAUACAAUGAUGGAGUUAUACAGUCCAAAUGUACAUAAAAAGAAGAUUGAUUGUGUUGCCAAUUUCGCCAUAUCAUGUAGCCUUUCGUCUCAUCCUGUUUUGUUACACAGUAGAUAAUCAGGUCGUGCCAUAUUUAACUGGUGUAUUACCGUUUGGAAACGUCGUACUAUUUGCUAGCCUUACUAUAAACCAUCCUUCCAUGCUCUUCCCCUGUGUUUAAAGGGCUGUUUUACAACCCGGUGCGAGACUUACAAUCCAUUACAAGCCAUUUUCAAAACAGACCCUUUAGUGACAUCAUAAGUGGGAGUAUCCAACCAGAUGCAUGCUGGUAUGUUGACUAUAUCAGCCUACCAGUUACAGACCCUUUAGUGACGUCACAAGUGGGAGUAUCCGCCCAGAUGCAUGCUGGUAUAUUGACUAGAUCAGUUGGUUCGGUCCAACGGACAGGCUGAUCGUUUAUCUCCCAUCAUGCAUCGGGGGGGAGUGGCUUGUAAAGGGGAGUCAACGCCACAACCGGUGGCAAAAUAGGGCCCCUUUAACAACCCAUCAUGGAACGGUGGCUGGACAACAGACAACGAGCGUCAUGAUCUGCCUUAUGACUUAUGUAGCCUAACUAAGAUUGUUUCUGUACUGUGAUGUGUGUCCACGGAUGCUAAAGGAAUACGUUGUUACAUAGGAGUAUUUCGUGGGGACUUACAUUCACGUUUUGUGAUUAACUUAAACACAGCAUGGAGACAUCGUCCGCUCGAUGUGAUGAAAUACUAAACAGACAAACAAACGAAUAACGAAUAGUGUGUGGCUUGAGUGCCACAUAGCGAGCCUCGAGGGACAAAAACCUUUUAUUUUUUACUAACAUCUUUAUACAAGUGCUUACUUUUCAACGUGGGCGUAUUCGAGACGGAGAUAGUGUCUCUGUGCUGUGGCGUGUGACCAUUGAUUGUUAUUUAUAUAGGGGUUGGAAACGUGUGGUUACUGGUGAUGUAUUUGUACUCUUCUGCAGAUGUUAAAAGAAUCACAGAGCUGAUACCAAGGACAAAGGGCGGCCUCACUAGACACGCCAUGAUGUCUGGAGGGGGUGUGCCUGAAUCUAUAUUUACUCUAGAUAUUUAUUUAUCUAUAUAUAGACAUACUCUGUCUUUAUAUAGAUGUAUAUAUAUAUAAAGUAUUUUAAAAAACUUCAAUUUGACUUUCCGUGACGUACCGGUGUUUCAGAAGCAUUACACAAUAGCACUCUUAUCAGUUUUCUAAAUGUUUCUUUUAUACAGACAAUUUUUUAUCAAAAUUAAUGUUUUUUUUGUUUUUCUGACUCCUGUUUUCUCUUGGACUUUCAGCGGUCGCCAUAUGCACCACUGAGAAAAAUGUGUGAUCGUGUGGAUGUUGAUAAAGAAUGAGGAGCUCUCUAAUGUAUCCUGUUCAGAAGGGUGUAGGCAGUUUGUUUUUCUCGUUUGUUAAAUGGUGGUUUACUAUUGUUUCGGUUAUACCAUUGUGCAUUGCAAUUUUAUAUUUUCUGUUAUCUUCUAAAUAGGGAUUGUAAUCAAACAAAAUGUAUCUAACAAUAAAAGACGCAUUUGGGGCCAUUUGCCCCAGAAUACAUAAUAAAUGUGUUUUAAAAUUUG